CAGUAACGUUAAAAAAUGGGUUCUAUCUGUUCCAAAAUCUUCGAUGUGCCUCUUGAUACCGAACUACGAGAAAUCAAAAACUGCUUAGCCCACUUGUUGUUACAGCUGAGUCCCGACGAACUGAUCACCUUUGCACUUGAAGAUGGAGAAAUCUACGAAAUUUGUAAAGAAAAGGAGGAACUUAGGCAAGUAUGCAUCCUUGCUGCGGUUAGAAAAUACCACAGGGAGAAGUUCUUCUAUGAAGAGGUCUACAACAGAACGGCGGCUUUCAUGGUGAUGUUGGACAAUUUCGUGGAGAUACAGGACGAAGUCGACAGUCAAGAACAGAACAAAAAACGUUUCAAGUACUUGUCUUUUCUUUGGCGCCUUACUCGUGAACGCGUUGGUUUUGCUGAGAAGAAUGGGAAAAAGUAGCUAACGCCAAAACUUUACGAAAUAAGUGUUUAACCAUGUAUCGGAUUGGACUUGAUAGGCUAAUUAGGAGUAAGUUUAUAUUUUAAAUCUUAAUACUUAGUUUUUAGGUUUUUCGUUUGGUUUUUUUUAUAAAGCGGAAAUC